AUGAAAACAAAAAAUCAAAUAAAUAUAAAAAAUAUAUUAUUAUCUAAUUAUUAUGAUUUAUUGCAAAAAAAUAAAUUAAUAUUUUCUUCUUUAGAAGAAACUGAAAAAGAUAAUAAACAAAGUGCUGUAAAAUACUUAUUAUCUGGACGAUUAAAAGGAGUAAGUAUGGCUAGAAAAUUUAAAUUAAAUGGUAAUUCGAAUAUUAAAAAUAAAUCGAAUAAAUCAUUAAACAAAUCAACUAAAUUAAAUAAUACAACAAAAAAGUCUAAAUCUAUAUUAAAUUUACCUUUAUAUAACACAAAUAAUUCAUUUAAUAAUUCAUUUUUAAUUAAACCUAGUGAAACUAGUUUAAAUUCAGUGGAUUCUUAUAGAUUACAAUAUGUUCAAAAAGAUAUUUUUACUAAAUGAGGAAUAAUUGGACUAAAAUUAUGAUUAUUUAAUAAAUCUUAA